UUUUUUCUAAACUGAGCCGCUUAGCCCUCUUAUUCUGUCCUGAGUAAGAAAGCAGCCGCCGAGCAUCAACGGAGUCCCGAUGAGCCAGCGCCGCGGAGCCACUUAGUCUCCCGGGACCCAGCGUCUGAGGAGCCGCAAGCAUGCACCCUGGGUUGUGGCUGCUUCUGGUUUCCUUUUGCCUGGUGGAAGAACUGGCAGAAGCGGGAGAGAAGAACUCCUAUGGAAAGCCAUGCGGGGGCCAAGACUGCAGUGGGAGCUGUAAAUGUUCUCCUGAGAAGGGAGCGAGAGGGCGACCUGGACCAAUUGGAUUUCAAGGUCCCACAGGUCCUGAAGGCUUUGCUGGCCCUACUGGUUUAUCAGGAUUGAAAGGGGAAAAGGGCUCCCCAGGCCCUCUGGGACCAUAUGGAUCAAAAGGAGAUAAGGGUCCCAUGGGAGUUCCUGGCUUUCUUGGCAUCAAUGGGAUUCCGGGCCACCCUGGACAGCCAGGUCCCAGAGGUCCACCUGGCCUAGAUGGCUGUAAUGGAACUAGAGGAGCUGUUGGAUUUCCAGGCCCUGAUGGCUAUCCUGGGAUUCUUGGACCACCUGGGCUCCCUGGUCAGAAAGGCUCAAAAGGGGAACCUAUUCCUUCUCCAGGGAGUUUCGCAGGAAUGAAGGGGGAUCCUGGACUACCUGGACUGGAUGGAAUCCCUGGCCCACGUGGACCACCUGGAUCUCCUGGAGAUUCAGGAUCCAUAGGACCACCAGGAUUACAAGGUCCUCCAGGCCCCCCUGGUUUCCCUGGUCCUGAUGGAAAUAUGGGGUUAGGUUUCCAAGGAGAGAAAGGAGUCAAGGGGGAUGUUGGCCUCCCUGGCCCCGCAGGACCACCACCAUCUACUGGGGAACUAGAAUUCAUGGGAUUCCCCAAAGGGAAGAAAGGAUCCAAGGGUGAACCAGGGCCUCCAGGCUUCCCAGGCAUGAGCGGCCCUCCAGGGUUCCUGGAACUUGGAUCUAUUGGUGAAAAGGGAGAAAAGGGAAUCCCUGGUUUGCCAGGACCUAGGGGUCCUAUUGGUUUAGAAGGAGUCCCAGGCCCUCCAGGGACACAGGGCAUGAUGGGGCCCCCAGGUUUUCCUGGGCUGAAUGGAUUUCCAGGAAUUAAGGGUGAAAAGGGUGGCAUUGGCCUGCCAGGCCCAGACAUCGAUGAAGGUGGUGCUGUGAUCUCAGGUUAUCCUGGGGACCCUGGUAUACCAGGCCUCCCUGGCCUUAAAGGAGAUGAAGGCAUCCAGGGCCAGCGUGGCCCUUCUGGCCCCCCUGGUCUCCCAGCCUUAACAGGCAUGCCAGGUGCCCUAGGACCUCAGGGAUUUCCAGGCCUGAAAGGAGACCAAGGAAACCCAGGCCCCACCACAGUUGGCCUUCCUGGAAGAAUUGGUUUCCCAGGCCUACCAGGCCCACCAGGCCCACCAGGCCCACCUGGUUCACCAUUUAAGACUGGAACCUUAUAUGGCCUAGAACCGGGGUUCCCUGGUCUCCGAGGAGAACAAGGUCCAAAAGGAAGCCCAGGUUUCAAAGGAGUAAAAGGGGACUCGGGAUUUUGUGCUUGUGAUGGUGGUGUCCCCAGUACUGGCCCACCCGGAGAACCAGGUCUGCCUGGGCCACAAGGUCUCAUGGGCCUUCCAGGCCUUAAAGGAACCAGAGGAGAUCCAGGCUCAGGGGGCACACAAGGCCCAGCAGGGGCUCCAGGACUAUUUGGGCCUCCAGGUCUUGUAGGCCCCAAAGGAAAGAAGGGUGAACCAACUCUCAGUACAGGAUCUGGCAUGCCAGGGGAGAAAGGUGAUCCUGGCCCCCAGGGGUUCCCUGGUCUAACAGGAGCCCCAGGCAAGGAUGGAGUACCAGGUUUACCAGGUCUGCCAGGCCUUCGGGGUGAUGGUGGACAGGGCUUCCCAGGUGAAAAGGGGUUCCCAGGACUUCCUGGUGAAAAAGGCCAUCAUGGUCCAACUGGCCCUCCAGGACUUGGGCUACCAGGACUUCCUGGACCCCGUGGGCUUCCUGGAGAUAAAGGAAUAGAUGGAUUGCCAGGGCAAAAAGGCCUCCGAGGACCUCCAGGUGAUUGCUGCUGCAGGGAAAAGGUUGGUAAAGGAGACUUAGACACAGAGGGAGGAAUUACCUUGCCUUGUAUUAUUCCUGGAUCAUACGGUCCAUCAGGAUUCCCAGGAGCUCCCGGAUUCCCAGGCCCUAAAGGGGCCCGUGGCCUCCCUGGGACUGCAGGUCAGCCUGGAUCUCGUGGAAAAAAAGGAGAGCCUGGAAAUCCAGGAUUAGUUCACCUCCCUGAAUUGCCAGGAUUUCCUGGAUCUCGUGGAGAGAAGGGAUUGCCUGGAUUUCCUGGGAUUCCUGGAAAAGAUGGCUUGCCUGGGAAGGCUGGAAGUCCAGGUUUACCAGGUUCCAAGGGAGCCCCUGGUGACAUCUUUGGUGCUGAAAACGGUGUUCCAGGGGAGCAAGGCCUACAAGGAUUGCCAGGGGACAGAGGAUUUCUUGGAGACUCUGGCCUUCCAGGACCCAAGGGUUUGCAUGGAAAGUCUGGCCUGCUAGGCCCCAAAGGUGAGCGGGGCAGCCCUGGAACACCAGGACAAGUGGGAAAGCCAGGCCCCCCAGGGUCUGUUGGUUCAUAUGGCAUCAAGGGCAAAUCUGGAGUCCCAGGAGCACCAGGUCUUCCAGGAACUUCAGGACAUCCUGGAAAGAAAGGUCAAAAAGGCGAGAAAGGUUACCCUGGAUCAACUAGAAAAAGAGGUUUACCUGGGAUAAAAGGCCUUCCUGGAUCUCCGGGGCUAACUGGCUUCUUGGGGAGCCCAGGUUUGCCAGGAGUCACUGGAUUGCCAGGCCUCCCAGGCCCAAAGGGUGAGAAGGGGUCCACUGGACUGGUAGGUUUUCCAGGCAUUCCAGGUCUCCCUGGUAUUCCUGGUGCAAGUGGAUUAAAGGGGAUUCCUGGGUCAGCCGGAAAAGUGGGAACAUCUGGACAGGCUGGGAUUCCUGGUGAAAAAGGAGACAGAGGUGAUCCGGGUCCAGUUGGAGUACCCAGUCCAAGACCUCCAAUGCUGAACCUAUGGUUCAAAGGAGACAAAGGCUCUCAGGGCUCAGCUGGAUCAAAUGGAUUUCCUGGGCCCAGAGGUGACAAAGGUGAGGCUGGCCGUCCAGGGUCACCAGGCCUGCCUGGAGCUCCUGGUUUCCCCAGCACUAUCAAAGGACUUACUGGGAUGCCAGGCCCACCUGGAUCCAUGGGCCUACGGGGCUUACCUGGCCUGAAGGGGUCCCCAGGGAUCUCAGGUUUCCCAGGAAUGCCAGGAGAAAGUGGUUCACAAGGUCUCAUUGGGGCUCCUGGACUCCCAGGAGCAUUUGGUCUCCCAGGCUCAAAAGGAAAUCAGGGCCAGACAUUUGAAAUUUCUGGUAUCCCAGGACCCAAGGGCCAGCCUGGUGAAUCAGGUUUUAAAGGUGUGAAAGGAAAAGGUGGACUGGUUGGUGAUAUAGGUUUUCCUGGAAACAAGGGUGAACAUGGAAAAGUUGGUAUUCCUGGAGAUGUUGGUCUUCCUGGCUCCCCAGGACUUCCAGGGAUUGCAGGUAUGAAAGGAGACCCAGGACUUCCAGGUUCCUCUGGUCAUCCAGGGACAACUGGGCUUCCAGGACCCUCUGGCUUAAUAGGACCUAAAGGAUUGCCUGGACCUCUUGGUUUACAUGGCCUGAAUGGGCUUCCAGGCACCAAGGGGACCCAUGGAACUCCAGGAGCCAGUAUUACUGGUGUGCCUGGGCCUGCUGGCCUUCCUGGUCCCAAAGGGGAAAAAGGAACACCAGGAAUUGUCAUUGGAGCUCCAGGGAAACCAGGCCCAAGAGGACAAAAAGGUGGCCAAGGUUUCCCAGGUCUCCAAGGCCCUGCUGGUUCCCCUGGUGCCCCAGGCAUCUCCUUGCCCUCAGUCAUGACAGGACAGCCUGGUGACCCUGGGCCACCAGGCCUAGAUGGAGAACGAGGUCGCCCAGGCCCUCAUGGGCCCCCAGGCCCCUCUGGGCCAUCCUCGGAUCAAGGUGACCCUGGAGACCCUGGCUUCCCUGGAAUUUCUGGCCUUCUUGGUCCCAAGGGACACCAAGGAACUCCAGGUUUCCCUGGGCUCCCUGGAGAGCUAGGACUGAAAGGCAUGAGAGGUGAGCCUGGCUUCAUGGGGACUCCAGGCAAGAUUGGGCCACCUGGAGAUCCAGGAUUUCCUGGGAUAAAGGGGAAGGCAGGGCCAAGAGGCUUCUCCGGUCCCCAAGGUGCUCCUGGACAAACACCCAUUGCAGAAGCUGUGCAGGUUCCGCCUGGACCCUUGGGUCUUCCAGGCAUUGAUGGCAUCCCUGGUCUCCCAGGGGACCCUGGCAUUCAAGGCCCUGUUGGUCUUCAAGGCUUCAAAGGUUUACCUGGCAUUCCUGGCAAAGAUGGGCCCAGUGGGCUUCCAGGCCCACCUGGGGCCCUUGGUGAUCCUGGUCUCCCUGGACUGCAAGGCCCUCCAGGAUUUGAAGGAGCUCCAGGGAAGCAAGGGCCCUUUGGGAGGCCCGGAAUACCCGGGCACAGCGUGAGAGUGGGCUACACAUUGGUGAAGCACAGCCAGUCGGAACAGGUUCCCCUGUGCCCCACUGGGAUGAGCCAACUGUGGGUGGGUUACAGCUUGCUGUUCGUGGAGGGGCAGGAGAAAGCCCACAAUCAGGACCUGGGUUUUGCUGGCUCCUGCCUGCCUCGCUUCAGCACCAUGCCCUUCAUCUACUGCAACAUCAAUGAAGUGUGUCACUAUGCUAGGCGCAAUGAUAAAUCCUACUGGCUCUCUACCACUGCCCCCAUUCCCAUGAUGCCUGUUGGCCAGACCCAGAUUCCCCAGUACAUCAGCCGCUGCUCUGUGUGUGAGGCUCCUUCUCAAGCCAUUGCAGUGCACAGCCAGGACAUCACCAUCCCACAGUGUCCCCUGGGCUGGCGCAGCCUCUGGAUUGGGUACUCAUUCCUCAUGCACACUGCUGCUGGGGCGGAGGGUGGAGGCCAGUCCCUGGUCUCCCCUGGCUCCUGCCUCGAGGACUUUCGGGCCACUCCUUUCAUCGAGUGCAGUGGUGCCCGAGGCACCUGCCACUACUUUGCCAACAAGUACAGUUUCUGGUUGACGACAGUGGAAGAAAGGCAGCAGUUUAAGGAGGAGCCAGUGUCUGAAACACUGAAAGCUGGGCAGCUCCAUACCCGGGUCAGUCGCUGCCAGGUGUGUAUGAAAAGACUGUAGGGUGGCAUCUGCCACUCUGCCCCUUGCCCUCUCUACCCCUUCACAAUGGCCACCUCACAAACCUGAACAGUCUGAA